AUGUUUUCGCUUGCUGUGAGUGCGCAUGGCGUGGCGUGGCAUGGCAGGAGCAGCAAGCGAGCGGAGGAGGAUGUGGAGCGAGACAAGGCGUUUUGGGAGCAGAGUGUGUUCCAAGAGGAGGAGGAAGAUGCCGAUUUUGACGUGAGCAAGGAGGCGUGGGGGGGGAGUGGCAGCGCCGAGGAGCACGAGGGCGUGGAACAUGCGGAGGACAAGGAUGUGGGCGAGGAGGAGGAGGAGGCGGAGGAGGAGGAGGAGGCGAAGAGGAUAGAAGGUGGAGAGGUGGAGGAGGCAGAAGAUGAUGCGGAGGAAUUGGAAGGCGAGGAAGGGGAGGACGUUGGUGGUGGUGACGGUGGUCGUGUGACAGUGGGAGGUGGGGAGGAGACAGGGGGACGGGAGCGGAGGCGGCAGCAAAGACGGGGAGGGGGAGGGGAACAAGCGGAAAGGCGUGGGGAGGUAAGGCAUGGGCAGUGUGCCUGCGGGGACCGGCAGGUGAAGCGGCCAUUGGUGUGCGCCACGGCCUACACGUGUGUGGACUCACUGCAUCUCUCAUCCCGCUCCCCUCUGCAUCUGCCCUCAGCAGCAUCAGGCCUGGCAGCAGCAAGAAAGUGCGUUGAGAAUGGUGUGGCAAGAGGAGCAUGCAAGGGGGUGCACAAGGGCCGUGUGGGGGCGUCUGCCACCAUGAGCUGCCUGGCAAGCAUGCAAGCGAGCAGAGCAGGGGCUUCAAUCUGGGCUUUCAAACUCCUUGCUGCAUGUCCUCAGAACAAACUAGCAUGA